GUUGACAGGCCAAGUUCAACUCUGCAGAGAAAGGACUGAGGUAGCUGAAAACCCUACGAGCGUCUCAAUAGCGGACUCGAUCCGCGUUCGGUUUAGUGCUCGAUAAACUCUAGGGCUAAAAAGUGGAAGGAGGCGAUUGUUGUAGAAUAUCUCCAAAAUGACUCAAGACGUGGAAAUGAAAGAUCAUGCUACUCCUUCGCAUUCUGUUUCCUCAGCUGUUCCAUCCACUUUGCAGCAUUUGAAGGAAAUAGCAUCCCUUAUCGAGACCGGCUCCUAUUCAAAGGAAGUUCGUAGAAUUGCUCGUGCUAUUCGCCUUACAAUUGCUUUGAGACGGAAAUUGACGGCAUCGGUGCUCUCAUCUUUUCUCGACCACGUUCUUACUCCAGGUUCUGAAGCUCACUCCAGAUUGUCUGCCUAUGUUCCCAAGGAGGACGAGCAUGAGAUGGAAGUGGAUACUGCAACAUCUGCUGUUCAAGUCCCAUCUAAACACCUACUGCCUGAGCUAGAGAUCUACUGCUACUUGCUCGUGCUACUGUUUCUUAUUGAUCAGAAAAGAUACAAUGAGGCCAAGACCUGUUCCUCAGUGAGUAUUGGUCGACUGAAGAAUCUGAACAGAAGAACUGUUGAUGUCAUUGCUUCCAGACUAUACUUCUAUUACUCAUAUAGCUAUGAACUGACGGGAGACCUUGCUGAAAUUCGGGGCAACCUCCUUGCAUUGCACCGUAUUGCCACUCUCCGCCACGAUGAGCUGGGUCAGGAAACACUUCUUAAUCUGUUACUUCGUAAUUACCUCCACUACAACCUAUAUGACCAAGCAGAGAAGUUAAGGUCUAAGGCACCACGAUUCGAAGCACAUUCAAACCAGCAGUUCUGUCGUUAUCUCUUCUACCUUGGGAAGAUUCGAACCAUACAGUUGGAGUAUACCGAUGCAAAAGAGUCACUACUGCAGGCUGCCCGAAAGGCUCCAGCAUCAGCACGAGGCUUUCGAAUUCAAUGUAAUAAGUGGGCUGUAAUUGUGCGCCUGCUGUUGGGAGAAACACCUGAGAGGACUAUCUUUAUGCAGAGAGGAGCGGAGAAAGCCUUGAAGCCUUACUUUGAGCUUACAAACGCAGUGCGCAUUGGUGAUCUGGAGCUGUUUAGGAAUGUUGCAGAAAAGUUUGCUACCACUUUCAGUACUGAUGGAACUCAUAAUUUGAUUGUUCGGCUGCGACAUAAUGUUAUCCGAACUGGCUUGCGCAACAUCAGCGUGUCUUAUUCUCGCAUCUCACUUGCUGAUGUAGCUCAAAAAUUGAGGUUGAACUCUGCUAACCCUGUUGCAGAUGCUGAGAGCAUUGUAGCCAAGGCCAUCCGCGAUGGGGCAAUUGAUGCUACAUUGGAUCAUGCUAACGGGUGGAUGGUAUCCAAGGAAACUGGAGAUAUUUACUCCACUAACGAACCUCAAUUGGCUUUUAAUUCUCGAAUUGCCUUCUGUCUUAACAUGCACAAUGAAGCCAUUAGGGCACUGCGUUUCCCACCUAACACACACAAGGAAAAGGAAAGUGCUGAGAAAAGGAGAGAGAGGCAACAACAAGAGCAAGAACUGGCCAAGCACAUAGCGGAAGAGGACGAUGACGAUUUCUGAAAGCAAUUUUUUUUUUUUUUGGUUCUCAGUUGCAGUCAGAAUUUCUAUUACUUUUGCUCUUUAUUUCCCUUUGAAGAACUUGUAUAAUCAUGUCUGUUUCAUGAAAGUGGAAUUAUUUUGUACGUGGAAGAUCUCAUGAUUCCAUUAAGCCCUUUAUCAUAUUGAUAUCAUCACUAUUUCUUUCCUUUA